GGCUCUGCAGUCCUCCGAUGGAGCACACUGAUCAGGUGGUUACCGAGCCCCUGGAAACGGCAGUACGAUGCAGCUGAGGAGGCGAAGCACAACCCACAGGCAAACUGUGGCUACCCUCGAGAGCGAGCCGACCUCUGCAUCUCCAUCUUUCAGAGGAAGGAUGCACUGAGGCUGCAGCAGGGACCAGGGCAACCAUGGAGAAUCGGGUCUUCAAGGCAUCUCCCUGUCUGCUGGCUCUUCUCUUCUUCAUGCCAGCUGUUCAGGGUGUCUGUCCUUCUGUGUGUUCAUGCUCAGGAAACAACAGAAACGUGGACUGUUCCGGCAGAAACCUGACCACACUGCCACAUGGACUUCAGGACAACAUUACCUACUUAAACCUGUCUCAUAACCACUUGGCAGACCUCAACAGCCAAUUGACUCGGUUUGCCAAUUUGAGGACCCUGGAUAUCUCCCAUAACCGCCUUUGGAACCUGCCGGCUAAUCUGCCCAGGUCCCUCUGGGAAAUAUACGCCGCACACAACAACAUCAAGGUUCUUCAAAAGCUGGACACAGCUUACCAGUGGAACCUUAAGGUACUCGACGUCUCUAAAAACAUGGUGGAAAGGGCCGUUCUCAUCAACAAGACGCUGAGCAACCUCAAGUUCCUCAAUCUCAGCAGCAACAGACUCUGGACCGUCCCCACUAACAUUCCUUCCAACACUGAAACGGUGGAUCUAUCCAACAACUUCUUAACGCAAAUCCUACCUGGCACACUGGUGAGGCUCCCACACCUUUCCAAACUUUACUUGCACAACAACAAGUUCACCUACAUUCCCGACAAAGCUUUCGACGAGCUCACUCAGCUGCAAGUAAUAACGCUUUACGAAAACCCGUGGUCGUGCAGGGAUGGCAAACAAGCCCUCUCGUAUUUGCAGAAAUGGAUGGCAGAAACCAGCGCCAAAAUCACAGGCCCGCUAUGCGCUGAUGAAGCCACCACUUCUUGGAAACUUGCCAUGCUGUCCUCGGCUGCCCCCGCAGCUGGGGAGAACCACCUCCUCGUUAAGGCUAUGAAGGCAGCAGGAACUGCUGGGUCUCCAGUGACAACUGAGCAAGCCCAACUCGGACACCGCCAAUUCAGAACAAAGGAGGGUGUGCUCAGCGCUACCCCUGGGCACACCGUCGCAUUUAGCAGCUCUGACAGGCCACUGGUCCUCUAUCCGGAAGAUCUGAGCACAGAGAAGCUCAACGCCUACGAAGCAGCCGCCGCCACGCAGACUAUCCACCUUCAAGGUACAAGCUCUGUGAAUUCAAGCACAAUGGGUCUGGUGGGAACAUCCGUGACUCCUAUGACCUUGAGCAUCACCAGUGGGAUGCCUACAAACUAUUCAAAAAGGCCUCAAAGCACAACGGUCAUGGUAAAGGAAGCAGAAUCGACCACAAACGUGAACCCCCAUCGCAAUUCCAGAGCGAGUCACUGCAAGGGAGUCCCGUUCUUCAUCGUCACACUGUCUGCGGUGGCCCUAGCCAUCGGCUAAGGGCUUGUGCUGGUGCAUAUUGGCUUCAUUAUUCCUCUUCAGUAAGUGACCAGAACAAGAAAUGCUUGCGCCCAAAAGGGAUUCAAGUGCAAGAAGAAAGCCUGUUUCAGUUCUGGAAUGGGUCUUACAGAAAGCAACGUCUCCUAAACGAAAAGACUGCACAAAAUUAUGUCUUGAUAACCAAGCUGCUACUUACCUUAACUAUGUCUGA